AUGCAGGAAAGAGAUACAAUAUAUUUUACACUUUCAUUGCCUCUUUUCUCGACUCUUAUUCUUGUCUUUUGCUGUCAUUUACUUGGUCCCAGGGGUCCGAUUGGACCUCGUGGCGAGCAAGGCCUCCCGGGACUGAGGACAGAAGAGAGCCGGCUUUCCGGCGGUCCAGGCGAGACGGGCUCCGUCGGCGAGCCCGGGCCGAUCGGUGACCCAGGGCCUCCGGGCAUGCCGGGUGCCGUGGGAUCCGACGGCUCACCCGGCGACCCUGGCGACCAGGGCGAAACGGGUAGUCCAGGCGACACCGGAGCGCCUGGGUCAGACGGUGCGCAGGGCGAAGACGGUGACGCCGGUGUGAACGGAGAGCCUGGCGAGACGGGUCCUCCGGGACCGAUCGGGGUCUCGGGU